AUGUCCCAACCCGACGAGAAAAAGUCUUUCGACGACGAUGUCAAGUCCGGUUCUGACAUCCCUCAAGCUGCACUCGUAACAGAGGUUUACAAUUCAGACUUGAAGGCGGCCAUGGCGAAAAGCCAGUUGAAGGGGUUCAGCCGUCGGAGCUUAAUGCUCUACUUCAUCGUCAUGGUUGGGUUUCUCAACGCUGUUUCGAGCGGUUUCGACGGAAGCCUUAUGAGUGGGAUCAACGCGAUGCCCCAAUACCUCGACCAUUUUCACUAUGAAUCUGUCGGAAAGUCAACGGGAAUCGUCUUCAUGAUAUACGUUACGGGAAACUGCGCUGGUGCACUUGUUGCUGGGCCAGCCACUGAAAUAUGGGGUCGUCGAGGGGGCAUGUUCAUCGGUGGCUUCUUUAUCCUAGUUGGCUCGGUGGUCAGCGUAACAGCGCAAACAAGAGAAGCCUUCAUUGGUGGCCGGUUUGUCCUUGGGUUUGGUAUCGCGAUUUCUACAACUGCAGCGCCAACAUGGGUUACCGAACUUGCACCACCUCAAUGGCGCGGUCGACUGGGUGCCCUCUACAACUCAUGCUUCUUCAUCGGAAGUAUGCCCGCAACGGGCUCGAUGGUGGGCACUCAAAUGAUUGGGAGUACCUGGGCAUGGCGCCUGCCCCUUCUUCUGCAAAUCGGCCCGCCUCUUAUCGUCAUGUCCUGUGUCUGGUUCUGUCCAGAGUCGCCACGUUGGCUCAUUUCACGUGGUCGCACUGAAGAAGCCCGCCAAAUUCUCAUCGACUACCAUUCCAACGACGGCAAGAUGAACGCGAUAAUUGAGCUCGAGAUGGCCGAAUUUCAACGCCAGAUUGCCGUCCAACGCGAGGCUCCAUUCUGGGACUACAGUGCUCUUUAUAACACCCGCAACCAUCGAUGGCGGAUGGUCUGUCUUUCGUUGAUGUGUGUGAACGGACAACUUGCGGGCAACGGUCUCAUCACCUACUUCCUAACCGUUAUGAUGAAGAAUGCAGGGGUUACUUCACCACAUACACAACUGGUCUACAACUUCGCCAACUCGAUCUUGUCGGCCUUCGGUGCAUUUUUGGGUGCAGCUCUUACUGACAAGAUUGGUCGGCGGCGGCGUCUCUAUUGUGGCUCUUUCGUGUUGGCUUGCCUCCUGGCUACUGUUGCAGCCUUAUCAUCGAAAUACGGCAAGCCUGGAAAUAAGGACGUCAACGGCGCCAACGCCUCGAUUGCGUUCAUCUUCCUCUUUGGGAUCGUCUAUGCCUUCACCUACACACCUUUACAGGCGUUAUAUUGCGCGGAAGUUAUGAGCCAGGAAAUGCGGGCCAAGGGUAUGGCAAUCCAUAUUCUCAUCUCUAACAUUGCUGGCUUCAUCAACACCUUCGGCAACUCUGUCGGCCUCCAGAAGCUUGGCUGGAAGUACUACUUCGUAUUUGUUGGCUGGGACAUUGUCGCCUCUGGCCUGUGGUACCUCUUUGGUGUGGAGACUAACGGCCGAACCCUUGAACAACUGGACGAAAUCUUCGAUGCACCAUGGCCCGCACGGGCAAGCACGAGGAAGGUCGCCGUUAAACUGAAUGAGAAUGGGACUGUGGAUGUCGUUGGGAACGAAAAGUGA